CAACAACUCAAAGUCACACUCUCAUAAUCUAAUGAACUGGUGCAUGAUACCCUUUUGAUGUGUUUCUCGUUUGGCGUUGGGUUUUUGUAAUUGUUUUUUUCCUCUUAAAUUCUUUUCGUGUAGCCCAUCAUGGCCUCCUCGUUCAUUACCCGCGCAACCUCAGACUCGCGGUUCCAGUUUGCUGCUACGGCAUUGCUGUCUGGAGCUGUCGCUGCGGGCGCAAUCCUUGGCUAUCAACGAGUAGCCAAAGAGGAACGCCUGUCCAGGCUGAAAAGCUCCAUUCCCGCUCCUGAUGAAGAUGGCGACAUGUCGAGAAGCCAACAGCUUACCGACUUCGGCGCAACACUCCCAACGAAUCCGGACAAGGAAGACCUACGGAACGCAGCAUUAGCGCGUCGGGCCAUGGCGGGUGACUACGAUGAGGAGCUGAUACUGGAGCAACUGGCGCGCAAUGCCGUCUUCCUCGGCGACGAGGGCAUGGCCAAGCUGCGCCGCUCGUUCGUCGUGGUCGUCGGCUGCGGUGGCGUGGGCUCGCACUGCGCCACCUCCCUGGCGCGCUCCGGCGUCGGUCGCAUCCGCCUCAUCGACUUUGACAACGUCUCCCUCUCGUCCCUGAACCGACACGCCGUGGCCACGCUGGCCGACGUCGGCACCCAAAAGACGGCCUGCCUCAAGAGGCGCCUCGUGGCCAUCGCACCCUGGAUUCGCUUCGACCUGUGCACCGAAAAGUUUGACGCCGAGGCUGAGGAGAGGUUGCUGGGCCCGUGGGCGGAGGACGGCGCUAAGCCCGACUUUGUGGUGGACGCCAUCGAUAACAUCGAGACCAAGGUCGAGCUGCUGCGGUACUGCCACGAGCAUAAGAUCCCCGUCAUCUCGUCUAUGGGUGCCGCGUGCAAGGGCGACCCGACCCGCGUCAUGGUCGGAGACGUCGGCGUGAGCACCGACGAUCCCCUCUCGCGCGCUACCAGGCGCAGGCUUAAGCUGCUGGGCAUUACGAGCGGCAUCCCCGUCGUGUUUUCGACGGAGCAGAGGGGCGAGGGCAAGGCGGAGCUCCUGCCGUUGUCCGAGGAGGAGUUCCAGAAGGGGUCGGUGGGCGACCUCGGUGUGUUGCCGGACUUUAGGGUGCGGAUCCUGCCGGUGCUGGGCACCAUGCCGGCUGUCUUUGGCUACACUGCCGCGAAUCACGUCAUUCUCAGUAUAACAGGAUACCCGACAGACUACGCUCCAGGCAAAGCCCGCGACAAGCUUUACGAUCAGGCCUUGGCAUCCCUCCAAGGGAGCGAGGCCAAGUUGGUUCGCAGUUUCAACGGUGGCAACGCCGACAUCGUGGUCGGUCUACGGACGCCUCUGAGCCCCGGCGACAUUGCCUUCAUGAUCGAAGAGGUCUUCCGUGGGAGGAGUGUCAUCACGGGCAUCGCGACGCGUCUCGUCCUCGUGCGGUGGAGGAGGCCGGCGACCGACCCCUUGAUGGUGAUCGAGGGCGCACCCGAUGAGGACGGCCCGCAAAAGUCGGCACCGGCGCCACAGAAGUCGACGCGUCUGAGACUGAGCGACCUCGUGUGCAUGACCAAGGACGAGGCCAUGGUGCACCUGAGGGAGGUACUCCUCGGCGGCAAGCAGCCCGAGGAAAUGUAUGACGCCGAGACAGUGGAGCGUGUGAACAUGAGGCUGAGCGAAGCGGCCGGCUACGAAAAGUUCAGAUAGAGUAGGCGGCGAAGCAUCAAAGGUACUUUUGCUUCCAAUUUUCCUGAUGCUGCUACCCUCGAUAGCGACUAUCUCCACGAGCAAAAGAAAAUAAAUACAAAUAGAGAGCCCGAGACCCGUGCGAACUGGCGUGGCCCACCCAUCCAACUGGACCAAGCAAAACAAGGCCGCCAUCAUAAGCCUGCAGAUGGCAGUCAUUUCCACGAUAUCAUCAAGGAAGCCCACACACAAUAAAAUAGCAAACAGCUUUGCGGGACAUGGGGUAUUAGCAACGCGGAAACCGGCUAUUCUAUAAGAAGGCCGAGAAAAAAGACAUCGGCGGCGGGGAGGUUCAACUUACCACAGCUUAUGCCCAGAGUGGGUAUCACGACUAAGGGAUCGCAAUCACGCUCGCAUUGCUUUGGGGUGCAUUUGGGUCUUCUUCCAAGCUUCCGUUUCCGUCCGCCCUUUUUUUUCCUCCUGUCGGCCCGAGGUAGCCCGCGCGCCGUAAGCUCGUCCAUGGUCUCCAGCUCCGUGGUUGUCAAAUUUGAAGUUGCUGGCUCCGUGAUUGUUGCAAAGGUGACCGCCGACGCUUCGGUCGACGCUUUCGGCACCGUGAGGCCGUUGCCGAGUAUGGCCAGGGCGAUGACGGUGGCGGCAGCGGUGGUGAUGCCGGGGAUCUUCAUCUUUGUGGAAAACCCUAGGAGCUUUGGGGAUAUUGGUGCUUUGUCAGGACUGGAUUUGGUCGACUGGCAAACACUGCCAAGCAGAGUGAACAGGCAGGUUUGAUGUGGAGAGUGCGUACUUUUUUGGUGAGGACGAGGAGCGCUGAAGCCAAGGAUGAGAAAUGGAGAGAGUCCGUGUUUUGUUGCUUGUUCUGACCAGAGAAAAUGUGCCGAACCCCCAAGUUUGAGUUAAUAAAUAAAGAGAAAGGCUGGUUCUAGUGCGCCGUGAUGGUCACCAUAUAUGCCUCUUCUGCAGGUCUUUUUAGUACAUUCAACAUUCGAG